UCCUCUCUUGAUUCACUGACUUUGAUUUCAUUAGUCUUCUUUCGUUAGAGUGAGAGUAAAACCUCUUCUUAAUAUCCAUGUUUUACUUCCCUUCGCCUUAGGCUGAACUUUUGUGCUUUCCAAUGCUCUUUUAACACUCAAAUGAUCCAAUAUUUUAGGGUCCAUUCUUCAUGCCAAGUUGCAACCGUGAACCAUUAGGAAUUAUAUCUUCUAUAUACUAUAUAAUGGUGGAAGGUUUUGAUACUGGAAACAUUGGAAAGUUGAAGUUUUGAUUAGAGGGUAUAUCUCGUUUUUUGGAAUCCAAAACCAAAGAGUUUCAGAUAAAUUGUUAACAUAAAUCUCAAUGGUAGAACUUCAAUCCUGUUCAAGCUUGGUCAAUGCCUCGGCAUUGUGUGCAAUAGAGCAAGAAGUUAAGGGAGAGAGUGUCAAUGUUGUUGCUGAGAUUUUAGCUGAAUUAGAAAGAGAAAGGCAGAAGAAUUCAGAGCUUAUGAAGAGAAUAUCAAUGCUGGAAGCUCAGCUAAGAGAAAGAAACAUGGAAACUCAAGAAAGUCAUCAUCAACAUGCAGGUGCAGCAAGCUCAAAGACAUUCAAAAGGCAGAAGAUAGAACAAGCAACUGAUGAAGAAGAGAAAAAGAAUAAUGUCAAAAGUGAAAUGGCUUCACAGUACAGACCUGGCAUUAAUCCAGCAAAGUGCUUAAUCAAUGAAGCAGACUCUGAAUCUGUUGCAGAUUUCAAUGAAACAGACAGUGAUGAUGACUGUGAUGAUAAUUAUGAUGAUGAUAGAGUUAGUCAAAGACAUGAAGAAAUUGAAGGCAUUACUGAAACUAUUAAUGAAAAAAAAGGUUACUUAGCUAGUUAUGUGAAACAAGAAGAUCAUGGAAAUCAAAAGACAAAUCAUUCAGAGAAGAGCGAAGUCAAAUCACAAGAAGGCACAACAAUUAGAGAGACUACAUCUGAGGUACCUUCAUCAGGGUUCAUUAUACAUAAAUCACAGAACAGAAAACCUCAGAAGGUGGCUUUUAGCCCAAAAGAAGUUAAGAGGAUAAUAGAGUCCGAAGGCCUUUUACAAAAGAAUGCUCAGUCCCACACAAUAAGGAAAAUCAUAGUUUUUUCAUCCCUUGGCAUAAGACAUGGCUGUGAAGAUAUGUAUGAGCUGGACUUGAAACAUUUUAGCAUUUUGAAUAAAGAAGAACCAUAUGUAUCACCAACAAACCCUGGAGAGCAUGUUUUAUAUGAGAAUCCUGGUGUUCGGAAGAAAAUCUUUUAUCCAAAUCGAGAGAACCCUGUGUUGUGUCCUGUCCAGAUACUUGAAGAAGAAAAUGCCAUGCGUCCAUGUGAUCCUAGCUGUCCAUCAUGCUUAUUCUUGUGCAUUAAGUAUGGUGGAAGGACAAGAAAUCUUCCACAAAAUGAGUAUGUGAGGCAGCGCAUGGGAAGAAACAAAUUGAAGUCAUUUGGGCCAGUUAUGUGCCGAAUGGGAAUGUUGGUUCAUAUUAGAAGUGGAAGCUUCUUCUUCAAGGCACUUGGUAUCACACUUCUGUUUAUGGCAGGAUUUCCUGAUGAUCUAGUUCAGAGAGAAACCAAAUACCACAACUUAGACUUGCUUCACAAAUAUUACAGGACUGAUGAGGAUGCUGAGGGGGAGCAGCUGUUUCUUCCAAUUCCAAUUGCAUGUGACAAUGGAAGCCAAAAUCCUGAAAACUUGACUGGAAAAACAGUUGCUGCAAAAUCCAAGGGGAGAAAGAACACUAGUGACAUCUUCAAGCCUUAUAGUUCUCAAAAUGCUCCAUCAUAUCAUCAACAAUUAGCUCCAACAAGUUCAGCACAAACUCAAUUUGCAAUGGCAGCAUUUCAUUCUAUCCCAUUCCCAUCUCAGAUUUCCCAAGAUACUCCUCAUCACAUGCCAAAUCCAAUUCUUGCCACUGGUAAUAACAAUUCAUAUUAUAUGCUGCCACCACAACCAGCAAGUACUAUUGUACCUGUGAUGUAUUGGCCUCCACCAAAUACAUAUCUUCAUGGACACUACCCUUCCACAUAUGGAUACCAGUUUCUUCCUUGUGCUGCAAGUUACAUGCCAUUCCACACAACACAACCUAAUUACAAUCACCCAAGCUGCAGUUCCACCUUACCAAAGUUGUUAGAAGGUGGUGGAAAGAAUGAUUUAGCCUCCGAACAAUGUGACAGCGAUACUGAUAGCACUGAGGACCAUGAUGCAAGUGCAACUGCUUCCAUGACAUGCCACAAAUGAUUCAUUCAGUUGGAAAAAUAAUCAUUCGCAUAUGGUUGAAGUACCAUGAUGCAUAAGCUUUUCUGUGCAGCUUGUAAC